AUGACUGCCAGCAGCAGCGCAUUCGCGCAUCGUGAGGCGCUCAACCACAGGCAGAUGUACGCAUUCAUCGGAUCAAUGGUUGGGCUCGCGGCGAUCUUCAUCUGCUUCCAUUGGGGACGACGCCUUGCACAAAAGUCGAGCGUGGGAAAGAAGGGGGUUUCGACCGUGGCCGCUCUGUCUCGGAAGCCGCGAAAUGUUCUUCUCCGCACAGCGCCAGGUCUGCCUUCUCGGGCACAUGCCAUCCUCGUCUUCUUGUACCUGGCCGUCAACAUCAUCAUCACCUUUACCGACAUUGACAACUCUGUCAUGAAGAUGAACUCCAACUUGGCCUCACGGGCAGCAUGGAUGGCCAUUGCGAAUCUUGUCGUUGUCAUUUUCCUCGCUCUGAAGAACACCCCACUGGCGUUCCUCACGGCGUGGUCGUACGAGCGCCUCAACAUCCUGCAUCAAAUCGCCGGCUCCAUGUGCAUCAUCUUCGUCAUCAUCCACGCCUCGUGCUACUCAUCCUACUUUGGCCUUGCCGGUCGAAUCGCGAUACUCCGGGAAGAGAGCGUGAUCUAUGGCGAGAUUGCCGGCGUGUCCUUCUUCAUCGUCGGGUUUGCGGGAGCGGUGAUCCGCCGGUGGUGGUACGAGCUCUUCUACUACGUCCACAUCAGCUUCUGGAUCCUCGCCAUCGUCAUGGUCGGCCUCCACCAACCCAACUUUGGCGAGAAGAUUGUCUACGUGGUGAUUGUGACGGCCGGCAUCUGGGUGCUCGAUCGCCUGAUCCGCAUGGCCCGCCUGCUGGUAUACAGCACCAACAACUCCGCCGUUCUCACCCCUCUGCCUCACGGCGGCACUCGCGUGACCCUUAAGAAGGCUCCCCUGGGUGCCGUGUCCGGACAGCACUGCUUCUUGUGGAUCCCUUCAAUUCGAACGUGCGAGACGCACCCCUUUACCAUUGCGUCCAUGGACCCCCUGGAGUUUGUCGUCAACUCCUACGAUGGCUUCACGCGGGACCUGCACCGAUAUGCUGUGAAACACCCCGGGGCGACGGUCAAAGCCUCUGUCGAGGGCGCCUAUGGUACCCUGCCCGAUGCUUCCGAGUAUGAACGAGUCGUCCUGGUUGCGGGCGGAAGCGGUUCGACAUUCACCUUUGGCAUGGCGCUCAACAUGCUCAAGGAGAAGACUGCCGCGCAUCUGAACAAGAAGAUUACCUUUAUCUGGGUGGUCAAGUCCGAGAGCCAUCUCAACUGGUUCGCCUCGCAUCUCGACACUCUUGCAAAGGACGAGCGUGUAGAGCUCCAGCUCUACGUUACCCGGCCUUUGGAGAAGAACGCGGACGACGGGCUAGGCCUCGGUUCGGCUUCCGCCACCUCGCCGCCCGAAACCGACGUCGAGAAGGCCGUUGCGGCUGUUACGGCCGAGCCACUUGUAUCCUCUUCUUCCUCUGCCUCCUCCUCCUCUUCAUCCUCCAAAUCCAUCGCAGACGAAACCGAUUCGACGCAAAACACCGCCGCCGCAGAGACGCAGCCGCAUGCCUACAGCAGCUUCAUCAGACGCGGCAAGCCAGAAGUGUCUUCCCUGAUUCGCACCUCGAUCGAGGAGACGCCUGCGGGGGAGCGCGUGCUGGUGCUGGGCUGCGGACCGGACGGCCUGAUGGCACAGGUUCGCAACACGACGGCGGCGUGCAUCCGGUCCGACGGGCCGGGCGUCGAGCUGCACUGCGAGCAGUUUGGCUGGUGA